AUGACAGUUGAGGGGAAGCGGACUUUGGACAUCGAGUCCACAAGAUUGAUAAACGAAAUGAACCUUACGCCACAAAGCAAAAAGACGCCUUUGAAAGUACUCUAUUUUGACGUUGCGAUACAAUUUUCGAAAACCUACCAAUACAGGAUAAUGUGCUUCCUCUUCGAAGAGAGGAGGUUUGUACUACUGAGGCACAACAUUGUUAAGGAAGAGUACUUUUUCACACAAGUGUCGAACGUUUCUAUGGGGGACACGCUCCAACCACAAGUCACUGUUUUGAGUCUGACGGGUAAUGUGUCUACACUCGAAAUCGUGACACAGUCUUCGAACGACGCUAUACAAAUAUUUCAAAUUUUUUAUCAGUUGUCGCUUACGCCACGUUCCAAAUUCUAUAACGAAGACUUUGGGCAGGACACAGUGAAAGUCAAAAUGGAAGUGCCGUGUUGUAGAAAUACAAACAAUUUGUGGUCUCCGAGAAAACUGGUUAUAUACAACGGGAAGUUUGUGUUGUACAAAGAGGGAGAAUCGAAACCGGCAAAUAUAUGCCCCUUUUCCGCACGACUCAAAUUCGAAACCCAUGUUGGUGCAAUUCUUCAAAUCGACUCUGUAAUUCGAAGCUACAUUUUGAAAUUCGAGAGCGAGGAGAAAAUGAAACAAGUUGUCGAAACGUUCAAUACAUGCUUUCAGUUUACAAGACCACAAAUUCGACUUAAAACGAGAAAUUUUACAUCGGGUAAAUUGGGGCUGUUAACUACUUCGUCGAGAGAAAUUUGUGUCAAAAAUUUGUUGGAUCCGGACGAGUGCAAUGAACACUUUUUCGAUUUGAUGGAAAUACUUAAAGCUCUUCUGAAAGGACGUAAAGUACUUGAGAAGGUUAGGCCCGACAUCGCACAAGAAGAAGAACGAAGAAACCAAAUGAGGAUUGGACAGAUUCAACAAGAUUUCCGAGAGGACGACCCAUUGAUUUACUGCGAGCAAGGCAACCCAACCGACCUAUACACCAACUUUGUUUCGGUUGGAAAAGGGGGAUUUGGUGAAGUGUUCAAAGUUUUGAGCAAAAAUGGGAAUCAAGCCUUUGCAGUGAAAGAACUCAAACACACAAUCACACAAAGAGCAUCUAAAAUUGGCAUUGAAAUUUCUCGGAUGUCAAUUUGGAACCACAAAAACUUGAUCAAGCUGGAAAAGUGCCUUAUGUUCAAAGGAAAAAUAUAUAUUGUGAUGGAUUACUGUACAAACGGAAGUUUAAAAAUGUUGAUAAAAGAGCGCGGUCCUUUAGAACUUGACAUAAUCGCCUUUUUGUUACGUGGAAUAGUGGAGGGUGUCCGGUACAUCCACGAGCAAGGGUUUAUCCACCGUGAUAUCAAAACGGCAAAUUUGAUGUUGGACUCCAACAAUGAGCUGAAAAUUAUCGAUUUUGGCCUUGUCAUCCGAAACAGCGCGCUUCCUCACAACCGAGCUGGUUCGAAGUCGUACAUGGCGCCAGAAGUCAUCAAGCAAAUUUUGUACAACGAGAAAGUCGAUGUGUGGAGUAUUGGGUGUGUUGCGCAAGAGCUUUUAGAAACGCAACCACCAUACAAGGAACAUGGCAUCGUUAAAGGGAUGUUUAAAACUGUAAUUUACGGUGCGCAGGGUCUUCGUGAUGUCAGAAAAGCCACCCCACAAUUUCUGGAGUUCAUGGAAAAGUGUUUUGUGUAUGAUUAUACAAAACGAGCGUCUUGUGAAGAAUUGCUCAAAGUUUGUUUUUUGCUUAUAUCAGUGAUAAAUCACAAGUAG